AAAGAAUGGCACAUUUGCACAGAACCCAGAAGUAAAAAAACCAAAGGCACUAGGUUAACUUAAUUCACUAGUCACAAACCAUGGUUCAAUUUCACCAUAUUUGUUUCCUCUCCUUGCUCAUAACACUAGCAGCAGGCUUCCUUCCUGGCACCCAUGCAGUCGACUACAGCGUCACAAAUACCGCCAGAGGAACCCCCGGCGGAAUCCGCUUCAACAAUGAAAUCGGUGCAGACUACGGCAGGCAAACCCUAAUCUCCGCGACGGACUUCAUAUGGAGCUUGUUCCAGCAAAAAACAACCGAUGACAGAAAGAGUGUCUCCAAGGUCACCCUAAUCGUUGAAAACAUCACCGGGGUUGCGUACACCAUCAACAACGAGAUCCACGUCAGCGCCAGCUACAUAGCUGGUUACUCCGGCAAUGUGAAGAGUGAGAUCACCGGUGUGCUUUACCAUGAGUCAACGCACGUCUGGCAAUGGAAUGGGAACGGUAGAGCCCCGGGGGGGCUGAUUGAGGGUAUAGCUGAUUACGUGAGGUUGAAGGCUGGGUACGCGCCAGGUCACUGGGUUAAGCCCGGGCAGGGGGAUAGAUGGGACCAGGGGUACGAUGUCACUGCUAGGUUUCUGGACUAUUUGAAUAGUUUGAAAAAUGGGUUUGUUGCUGAAAUGAAUAAGAAAUUGAGGAGUGGUUAUAGUGCUGAUUAUUUUGUUGAUUUGCUGGGGAAGAAUGUUGAUCAGCUUUGGAGAGAGUACAAGGCCAAGUAUGCAGGAAACUAAAUUGUAGUGCUUCUGUAGCCAAUAAUUUAGAGUGCAUUUUUGCUCAGCAUCAUUUAGUGCCCUAUUUAUCACCGUUAGAUGAGUUUGAAUUUUGAGAUUUGUGUCUAUCCAUUACACGAAUCUCGAAAUUCAAAAAUCAUCUAACUGUGAUAAAUAUGGUAGUGAGCAUACACCACACUAAAUAGUAGUGAGUAAAAAUGCUCCCAAUAAUUUAAAGAAAGAGAUCCUCUCCAGAUCUAUACAUCGGCAGCCCAUGGAUCAAAUGAUCUUGGCUUUUAAAAUUUUAUCCUACUGCCAAAACUAUUGUAACUUUCAAAAGUUUUCACUAACUUCUCUGCUUUUGGCCGUACGAUCAAAUUUUAAAGGUCAUGAUCAUUUAGUCCCUGAACUCUGGAGAUAUAGAUGCGGAAAGAAUCUCUUCCCAUAAUUUAAAGCUGUCAUGCAGCGCAAGGACUGAUUUAAGUAAAUAAAAUGUUGUAUUAAUCUAUUGAUCAUAAAUAAAUGGUUCCAAUUCAUUUGUACGAUAGUAUUAUUUGUAUAUAUUAUCAGACUGUCAAUUUGUAUUC